AACAUAUCCUCCUUUGAACGUCUAAACACCCUGCUCCUGCCAAUACCUUAUCCCCGCACCUUUUACAAAGAAACCCUCUCGGACCCGAUUUCCAACCACCUAACCCUUCUAGCCCUUUGGCAUGAUAGUCCGUCUUCUGUCGCGUCAGCGUCAGGAAAGGUUAUAGCAGCAAUACGCUGUCGUAUCCUGCCCUCAUCCUCUGCCUCUCCAGAUGAUAAAAUCCUCUACAUCUCCACUUUGGGUGUGCUUUCUCCCUUCAGGAGUUACGGUAUCGCAACGCAUCUAUUGGGGAUCAUGAUAGAGAGGGGGAUAAGAGAUCAUGGGGUGAGCGCUGUGGGAGCGCAUGUUUGGGAAGCUGGUAAAGAGGCUAGGGAGUGGUAUGCCAAGAGAGGUUUCAAAGAGACGAGGUUGGAGGAGGGAUAUUAUAGAAGGUUGACACCGCGAGGGGCCUACGUGUUGAGGAGGGAGGUU